AUGCCAUGCCAUUAUAAAAACAUUCACCCUAAAAACAUUAUCUAUCUAUCUAUCUAUCUAUCUAUCUAUCUAUUUCAGUAUCUAUUUAUCUAUCUUCGCGUGCGUCAUUAUCUAUCUAUCUAUCUAUCUGUUGUGGAUUCCGGGAUGAAAUCCGCAGUACAAGUACACACUGGGCGAGUCCAUUUGUAUGAAAAUGGGGUGAACCCCAUAACACUAUCUUCGGGUACUUCAUUUAUCUAUCUAUCUAUCUGUCUAUCUAUCUUCGCGUCCUUCAAUAUCUAUCUAUCUAUCUAUCUAUCUAUCUAUCUAUCUAUCUAUCUUCGGGUCUUUCAUUUAUCUACCUAUUUGUCUAUCUAUCUUCGCGUCUUUCAUUAUCUAUCUUCGCUCCCUUCAUUAUCUAUCUAUCUAUCUAUCUAUCUAUCUAUCUAUCUAUCUAUCUAUCUAUCUUCACGUCUUUCACUAUCUAUCUUUCUAUCUAUCUAUCUAUCUAACUAUCUAUCUUCACGUCUUUCACUAUCUAUCUAUCUAUCUAUCUAUCUAUCUUCGCGUCCUUCAUUUAUCUAUCUAUCUGUCUAUCUAUCUUCGCGUCCUUCAAUAUCUAUCUAUCUAUCUAUCUAUCUAUCUUCGGGUCUUUCAUUUAUCUACCUAUUUGUCUAUCUAUCUUCGCGUCUUUCAUUAUCUAUCUAUCUUCGUUCCCUUCAUUAUCUAUCUAUCUAUCUAUCUAACUAUCUAUCUUCACGUCUUUCACUAUCUAUCUAUCUAUCUAUCUAUCUAUCUAUCUAUCUAUCUAUGUUCGCGUCCUUCAUUAUCUAUCUAUCUAUCUAUCUAUCUUCGCGUCUUUCAUUAUCUAUCUAUCUAUCUUUGCGUCCUUCAUUUAUCUAA